AUGCAAUCAUUUGCGGAGGUUCAAUCAAUGGCGACCAGAUACUUCUCCGCCUACGCCUCAAUGGCGGCCACCGUCAUGCUAUUCCGAUCGAUCGCCAACGACGCCAUCCCGCAGCCGAUCCGAUCCUUCUUCCUCUACACUGUCGGCCCUUACCUUCUCCGCCUCCUCCGCCGGUUCUUCCCUUCCUCCCACAAACUCGAACGCACGACCCUCGUCGUCGACGAAAAGGCCGGCCUCCUCCCAAACCAGAUCUACGAAUCCGCCGAGAUCUACCUCCAAACCAAACUCCGCCCGGACUCAGACCGCCUUCGGGUCCACAAGACCGCCAAACAGAAGACCAUCACCCUCGGUCUUGUCCAGAACCUGCCGGUCGAGGACCGGUUCGCCGGCUUCGACCUGACGUGGCAGUUUGUCCACGUGGAGCCGGUCCAGUCAUCCGGAAACUACCGUCAGGAGAAGCGCUACUUUGAGCUGUCGUUCGACAAGUCAAACAGGGAGACCGUGGUCAACGACUACCUCCCUUUAGUCCUCCUGAGGGCCAAGGAGAUAAAGGAGAAGGAUCGCACUGUGAGGCUGUACUCCACUCGCCAGUACAUGGCCGGCGGCUGCGAAGAUGAGCCCGGCGCGGGCCGGGCCGGGCUGUGGGGUUACGUGAACCUUGACCACCCGGCCACUUUCGAGACCCUCGCCAUGGACCACGACUUGAAACGGGCCCUGAUCGAGGACCUCGACCGAUUCGUGAGGAGGAGGGAUUACUACAGAAGAGUAGGCAAGGCUUGGAAGAGGGGAUAUCUCCUGUAUGGCCCCCCAGGCACUGGAAAAUCCAGCCUCGUGGCAGCCAUGGCCAACUACCUCAAGUUCGACGUGUACGACCUCGAGCUCACGGGCAUCUACUCCAACAUGGGUUUGCAGACGAUGCUUCUUAACACAAAUAAUCGAUCCAUUGUGGUGAUUGAGGACAUUGACUGCAGUCGACAAAUGCAGAGUAGAAAUGGGCCGGGCCAUGCUGCCCUUCUGGCCCGCCAAGGACCACAAGACCAGUUGACUUUGUCGGGCCUGCUGAACUUCAUAGACGGGCUUUGGUCCACGUGUGGGGACGAGAGGAUAAUUGUUUUCACCACAAACCAUAAGGAAAAGAUUGACCCGGCACUUUUACGGCCCGGGCGAAUGGACAUGCACAUUAGCAUGGGUUACUGCACGGCACAAGGUUUCGAUACGUUGGCCAAGAACUACUUGGGAGUAGUCGAGGAUCAUCACCCGAUGAUUGGUGAGAUUAAGGAUUUGAUUGGAGAGAUUGAGAUAACUCCGGCUGAGGUGGCGGAGCACUUGAUGAGGAACGAGGAUGCUGACAUGGCACUUGAAGGUGUGGUGGACUUGUUGAAGAAGAAGAAGGACGAGAAGAUUAAUGCGAGAACCGAGGACAAUAAAACCAAUGAUGAUGUGGCUGAUGAUGAGGGAAAUAGAAUCGAUCCUUGUGGAUAUGGACAUGACUUUGCAAAUGGACAUGGACCUUUAACAGAUCCUUUUGGAUAUGGACAUGGCUUUGCAAAUGGAUAUAGACCUCUAAGAGCACCAUCGGGCUUCGGUGCUGGGUCGGGCUAUUAUGGUGUGCCAUAA